UCUGAAAAAAGGCAGGCUGUGUUACAGACAGCGCUUCAGCCUUCUCCCACACCAUCUGCUUGGCUUCAAGGACACAAUCACCAAACGGCAAGAUGUGCAAAGGACUAGCAGCCUUGCCCCACACAUGCCUGGAGAGAGCCAAAGAAAUCAAGACCAAGUUGGGCACGCUCCUCCAGAAGCCAGACUCAGCUAUUGACCUGAUUAUCCCUUACCCGGAGAAGCCAGCAAAGGUUCAAAAACCUUCCCCAGAAGAAGCUUGGCAGUGGCGCAAUUCCUUGGAAAAGCUCCUUCAAAGCCCUUAUGGCCUUGCCAGCUUCCGUACCUUCCUCCAAUCUGAAUUCAGCGAAGAGAAUAUUGAAUUCUGGAUUGCAUGUGAAGAUUAUAAGAAGACCAAAUUGCCUGCCAAAAUGGCUGAAAAGGCCAAAAAAAUCUAUGAAGAGUUUAUCCAAAGCGAGGCUCCCAAAGAGGUGAAUAUUGACCAUUUCACCAAGUCAGUGACCAUGAAGAACCUGGUGGAACCAUCUGUAAGCACUUUUGACCUGGCCCAAAAGAGAAUCUUCAUGCUGAUGGAGAAGGAUUCUCUGCCCAGAUUUGUGCGAUCCAACAUAUAUGAAGAAUUAGUAAAGUAGCAAUGUGGCAGAGCUGUGCAAGGCAUUGGUACACCUACGCAGGGUCAUUGCUUCCUCCAAUGACUAGUAAUCAAUUUGUGUUAUUUAUCUGGAUAGUUGCUUUGCUUUGUAUUUAUUCCAGGCUUUGAAAACUCAAAGUCUGUGUUGUUAAACAUAGUGACCAUACUGUACUGUUUUGGUCUUUCUGUUGUUCCUUCAAGAUAAUUUUAUUUUACUCCAUUACCCCUCUUUUUAUUUCUCCUACUCAAUUUCACUGGAACAAAAUUGGUUUAGAUAAUUAUCCCAACCUAAAAUAUGACACUAAUUUGGCAGAAGGCCAAAUUGUUUCUAGGAUCUUCUGUCUGCCUUUGGUGUGAACUUCAAGAUUCAAUAGAUUCAAGAACAGCCCAGAUUUAAGAAUCUUAGAGAUAUACCAUCUGUCCUAAGAACACUAGAAUUCUGAACUGGGUAGCCACCAAUCACCCAUUAAUUAGCAAGUCAGUAAUCAGAUAGACAGUAUACACAUAGUUUUAAAUCCAUGUGACAAAUAUAUGUUACUGUCACUGAUCAGCAAUCACAAGUUAACCAGUAACCUCACAGAGUCAUAGACAAACAUAAGGGAGGGUGUGGUAUCUUUUAAAAUGCAACAUGUGUUAAAGAAGGAAAAAUCAAGCCUGUAUGUGUCAGAUAUCAUUUAUAGCUAUAGAGAAGAUCAGAACAGCAUGACUUAGCUGAGGGAAUACAAAACAAGAAUAAGCCCAUAAAAACAAUGUGCUUUCUUUUGUUUUUUAGAUAAUUUUCUCAGUGAACUAUAUUUCAUAUUACUGCCAGAAAUAAUGCUCUCACAAGAGAUUUUAGUUCAGCAAUUCAUCAGGUGAAUACGUCAUUCGACUGCAUCGUUUUCUGAUGACAGCUAUUAUUUGCCAUGUUGUAAUGGAUCAAUGGAAACUAGUAAAUACCAGCACUUGCUACGUAACUUAAGGAAAUACGCAAACAACAUACCCCUCAAAUGAAACUGAGUUAACUUAACAUGAGAAUGUUUGAAUUGUAUUUGCAGUUUGUAGCAAGAAGAUAAUGAUUUCGGGUUUAUGUAAAAACCUACAUUUAAUGUUAAUGACUAUGACAAAAAGCGGAUUACCUAUUACCUGGAAUUAAAUAAACAGCUGAUCAGAACUAAGCAGUUGAUCAAAAUCCCGGGCUGAAUAGCUGCUAAAAGACCAGCUUUAUAUUUUUCUUAAAAAUCAUUAAUCGACAGAUAGCCUCAUAGGUAGCAGAUAAUAGAAAUAACACAAUAAUGAAACUGUUACAAUAUCCAUUUUUAAAUAAACAAUUUCUUCUUAGAACCUGAAGAGUGUAGAUUUGGACAAUCUGUCACCCAUCAAACCAAAUGCAUCCCACUAACUAUGUAGGAAUUUGUCCACUAGUUGAUUAAACCUUCUAUUUUUGCAGACUCAGGCAGUAAAACCAGAUUUUAAGCUCCUUGUGGGAUAGGCACAGUUUAGGGGAUUACAAGUUGUGAAAGCUCAGUCUAUUAUUAAACAGAGAAAAGAGAAAGUAAUAACUUUUUGGGUAGCAACAAUGAAUUCGGAGUCCAUUCUGCAGUGCUAAAGAUGUGAGAUAAAUUCAGAUCCUGUGCUAAAUGACUGUUAUUAAAAUAUUUAAGGGAAGGAGUAACAGCGAGAAUAAAUCAGGCUACCUGCCCAAACAGUGUGACUUGUUUAACAACCCAGGCCUCUCUUGUUGCCUCUCUUAUCAGUUUCUUUUCUGCUUUAGAUUCAUAAUAUUAUAUGAUGAUAUGAUGAUAUAAUAAUAUUUUUAUAAUGGCCCUGCAUAAACUCCAGUGCCUAUGCACAGCCUUAAAUAACUCUCCUGAUCUAUCCUUAUGAAUUAUGAUGAAAACACUUACAGUUAAACCCUUGUAUUCUUGCCUCUGUCUGUAGCACACUUCCCAAAGUAUUAUUCUACUACACACCUUUAAUCACAAGAUUUAAAUGUUCUUGUAAUACAUGUACUAGUAUGAUCAAGGUAUUUCGCCUGCAGUGAUAUGAAUAUAAAAGGCACCCAGAUAGAGCUGGAAAAAUGCAUUUAAAUUUUAGAAAAUAGACCACUGGUACUGGACUAAAAAUCAGUUUACAGUUAAAACCUCUACUUUUGCUCUGAAAAGUACCAGUCACCUAUUUAAGACAGGUGAGAGAGUGACUAAAUCCAGCUCCCCCUCCCUAUCAGAAGCAGAUAAUUGAUACAUCGAUGCUAUUCACCAUUGGCUAUGGUGGCUCUGCCUGACGGCCAUGGUGGAUCAGUGUCAUGGCAGGAUGUGCACAGAACUCAGUUUCAAGUUGACAAGAUGUCUUAACAUCACCCAACUAGAUGUUAAUUUCUAUUCCUCCCUAACCCAAUAAUUUUUUUUGAUUCUCAGAGAUACAUAUGGUUGUAAUCUAUUAUUUUUAUCAAGAGAGGAGGUAAACCAUAACUGCUACCAUGCUCUUGUAUGCCUUCAUAUAAUCUAGUGGACUCAUACAAAAGAUGGUCAAACUGGAUAGGGCCCAAAUCCUCUUACUUGGCUUAGCUUUUUCCUGCAUCCUGAACAGCAAAAAAAAAAAAAAGGGGGGGGGAGAGGAGUCCCAAGUACCCUCCUUCCCUUCCUUGUUUUUUUUUUUUUCCUACACUAUCCCAUUCACUAUCCCAUCAAGCACCAGUUGUCUCAUCCCUGUCCCACUAUAUUCCAUUUCCCAACUGUUAAGUGCCAAUCCUUAGCACUUAGGUGGCCAAUCCAGCCACCAGUUGUGGGCCAAAUCUAAACAGCACUGGAUCUUGCAGCUCUGUGCUUAGAGUGCCCUCAGUUGAGUGAGCAUUUAAUAACUUAACAAAUGUAGAUUUGGCCUGCUGAAUAUAUCCAAAAUGAUAAGUGCCAGAAAAUUUCACCAGCCAGGUCAUCAUUUCCAGUUUUCUUGAACUCAGUAAACAACUUCUGUUCCCCCGAGCUAUAAAUAUAAGCACACUGUCUGGCCUUAAAAGAAGAGUCAUGUUCGAAGGAAAUGCCAAAGAAGUAACUACUCUACAAUGCUUUAAUUAGCCUCUUCGUUUGAAGAAAGAUCUCAAAAUGAGUGAAUUGGCCUAUCAGCCUACUCCUGAAAUUGUGAGGGGAUUAUCUGAGAAAGACACUUAUUUCCAGGAUCUAUUUUAGAGAGCACAUACAUCCUACUGACUCACAGAUCAUUAAGAUUCUUCCUGCCUGGAGGCAGAUUUUCCGGUUACAGCCAGAGAAUACUCUAUCCCUGAAGUCUGAAGGAGCUUGUCAAUAAGUUUAACCCAGCAGCCUACUCACUUGGCUCUGUAAUACCCCUGGUGACUUGGAAUGAAAUAAACAAAGGUUUAACAAGCUUGUUAAAAUUAUAGUAAAAAUAACUUAUAAAUGUUGCUUCCACACUAACAGACUAAAUAUAUCAUGCAUAGCUAAAGAAUAGGAUUAAGGUUUGCCUUUCAAGAAACUAUCUCAUGAACAUCAUGAGAAUUAAAAGUUAUGCGUCAUUUUUUGCUGACUUUGCUGCACAGAAUAUAUGGGGCUAAAUUCUCCCCAUGCAUCUAAAAAUGGAAAUGUUUAGGUAUGUUUUGUCCCUUGAAGUGGCCACAGUGUUUGGAUUCAAAUUUGUAUUGGAACAUGAUAAGCCAGUUCAUUAUUGUAUCAUUCUCAGUGGCUGUCGUGGGUUCUGGGUCAUUCUGGAUAGAAAGCCAUGUGAUUAUAAUUUAAUUGUAUGCAGGGUGGAGAGAGAUUUGAAUCAGUUGUGGCUAUGAGAAUUCUGUACAAAAGGUUUACCUUUAGAAGUUGCCCUGUUUUAAUUCCAUAGAGGUAUAUUUACAGACCACAAUUUUAAAGCCGCUUCAGCUUUUGGUUGAAGGAGAAAUGAGAGGCGAGAAAUGCUGGCUAUGACAAAUAAUUUCAGAACAAUUUGUACAGCCUCUGUUGUUUUCCAAUCUGAAUAGAAAGCAGUGAUAAUGUCAGUGGAAUGGGAUCAUGGACAACUGGGUCCAAUGGCUCUCAGUCACCUAUUAGAGGAUGCAAUGUGUCCAGGGUUGGUCCAUCCAUACAGGUUAAGGAGGCAAUCAGCUAUAGUGUCAAGUUAAGUAAGAAGCCCAAUUUCAAGGGGGGGAAAAUCAAAUCUGCCCUUAGGGUUUGAGGGUGGGGAACCAGCUGCGUGGUUUGCCUAGGGCACCAGUAGCUAGCAACUGGUCUGGUCUAGGGACAUCAAUGAGUGUGGCUAUGACAGAGGCACAAUUCAGACCCAGUGUUCCUCACGGUAACUGAAUGUGGCAUGGGAGGUGUGUUCAGAUAGUCCAAUAUACUUUUCUCAUGUUCACCCUGCCUCUUCUUUGAGUGUUGGGUGCAUGGCAUGUGUAAGGUUCUCACACUUUAUUCUCAUACCAACAACCCUAUGAGACAGAUCAGGCUGAGCGAAAGGAAGCUGCUGAAGGCUGUCCAACAAAUUCCCUGGCUGAUUUCCAACAUCCAAAGCACAAUUCUCUUAUGGAUACUUUGCUCCUCACUUCAUAGCCGCUGUACCAAACUAAUAGUUGAACAUUCAGCAGUUAAUAAAACUACCAAAAUACCCUCAAAUGUUCCUCAUUUUUGGAAUUGCUAUCCAAGACCAAAAGAUGUCAAAUAUUAAGAAAGGGAUCACAUUAGUUUCAUAAAAAUCUAGGGUGUUGUGCUCAACAAAAAUAGAUUCUCAGCAGUCCCAGUAAUGCCAUUAGGAAUCAGUUCUCUUGAUAUUGCCUGGAUUUUCUUUAAUUGAUACUGCGGCUAUUUUCUGAAUGAAGGGGAGAUAGAGACAGAAAAUAAGAUCUGCUCCAUUUCCUUUUCCUAAAAUUGAUAGGAAUGUGUUGCUUAUCAUAUCAGCAGUCAUCCAUUAUCUUGAUUUGGCCUACCAGACAGCAAUGGUCACUGGCUUCAAGUUGACAGGCGCAACUGGGCAAGUGAAGCCCCGCACCUUUUUACAUUUGUGCAAUGUGUGCAAUGCCAAAAUGCCCACCAUUUUGAAGAUAGUGAAAGGAAAACAUUCAUCAUGUGGUAUAAGAGGUUUAUUGUAAACAGGCAGACUUCAGGUAAGCCAGAAUUGGAACUUUGACAUGGUACACAUUAUUCUUGCAAGGGUUUCACUUAAGCAACCCACUGAAAAUUGUGUCAUUCUUUGAUUUGUCACAGCAAAUACAAAUGCAAAAUGUGCCCCCACCUUUGAGACACAUUUUUAACAAUGUCUAGUAGACCCAAAUUACUGUAUGCUAUUUGGUAAUAGAGAAGUCCUACCAGACAUGAACUUCCAAUCUUUCCCAUAAAAAUGGAGUUGUAAAACAUGUUUGUAGUCUAUUUAAUUUUUAAGGUCAUGCAUGUCAGAUUGUGUGGGGGGGGGGGAUGAAGAGACCAUUGCAGAUUUUUAUUAUGAUUAUUUUACAGCCUGCUAGCGAGAUGGUGGUCUAGUCAUAGCUCAUAUAUUAUUUAUCCUACUUUUAUUAUUAAAUAACAUACAUCAGUAAUAUAUUAAUAUUCAUCACACUUCUUUAUUAUUAAUUAUAUUCUCAUAUAUAGUAAAUAUUGGCAGAGACCUCUAAGAACUUCUCCUGUACAAGCUACAUACAUGAAUGGAAUUUAUGCAAGAUGUAUUCUUCUUACACUUCUAUUCAUUGCAUUUAAGCUGAGCAGGAAAAGUUUCCAGUAGAUUUAAUGAUGUAAUAGUCUUUCCUGAAUUUGUAGGGUAAUUUUUGCUAGAGUGCAGUAAUUUGUGAUUUGGAAAGUACAAGUCACAGAUGGAUGUCAAAUUAAAAAUAUUUAAUCAGCUUUUUAUCCAGUCUGAAAUAAAGCAUGUCUUGCCAUUCCA